CUCAUUGUUUUUCUCAAAACCAAGUGGCUCUAGAUAUAUGAAUUUAUAUGGACGUGAUGUGCUCUGGACAGAUGUCUUAAAGCUAUAUGAAAUGGAAAAAUCAAGUUUGGCCCUCACAAGGACUCGACUCAGUGAUGCCCACAUUUAUCUGAAUCCAUUUUCUAAGAUACAAAAGGUUGCUGAGGAAACUCAUAAUGUUAGUUUUUAUGUAUGCUGAAGUUGGGAUAUCGUUAUUUUUUUACAUAACAAUUAUUCUGCAUAGAUGAAAGUUGGAUUGGCACGCGACGUGCUCAGUUGGAAAGUGGGCCAAUGUUUGUCAGAGAUCCCGGGGGCUGAGGGCACAUCCGAGUAUAUUCUGAUGAUGGACAGUUGGUUCAAGAUUGUAAACUGCAAUGCUCGAUGUCCAAUUAGGAGCAUGGAUGAUGUUCGUAUCAAAUGGUUGGAUGAGUUCGCUGAGCUACUUGUGGGCUGGAAAAACGAUGCUUUGACUCAUCAUAAAGAACCAAAGCGUGUCAUGGCAAUUCCAACUCUUGAAGGUUUAGUUUUCACGUCAAAAAAUUUCAUCCACCUUUGUGAGCGGUUACUAUCGGAGCUCGAUUAUGUGUGUUUUCAUACUUUCACACAAGACGUGCUAGAGGCUUUUUUUGGAAAUUUGAGGCAACUUGGAAGUAGAGGACAGAAUCCUGACAUUGCCAUGGCAGCCUACGGAAUUAGUCACAUAACACAAAGAAGAAUCAUCAAAAAAAUUAAAGGGGGCAACACCACAUAUGGAAAGGUGAAUGGUUGGACAACUGUGUGCAAUGAUCCUCUCCCGAUAAAGAAAUCCAAUGAGAACAUCUGUAGCAACUGUAUUGAACUGAAUAUUAUUGGGAUUUUUACAAGCUUCUUUGGAAAAUUUAAUAUAGAUAUGCUGAAUGAAUAACAAGUAUUCUGGAGAUGGGCACAGGAGCAAAAGUGAAUCUGACCCUUUGUUCAUGAGGGGUAUCAAAGAUCCUUGAGAAGUGGUGGCAGACAUCUUCUGGAUGACAGCAGAAUUUAAUUUUUUUUUUUCAAAAUUUUCAACAUUGCACCUCCAAGGAAUUCUAAGAUAUCGUUUUCAGAUUUAGUUACUUCACUUGCAAUUAUUUCACAUGUUUCUUCUUUCUUUGUUACAACUUUUUCGAUAAUUUCAUUCAAUAAAUUCGCAGCUUCUGAGCCUGU